GGGACGUGACAAAUCGUCAGUAUUUUACGCCUCGGGAGUGAGAACGGGUUGGCUGAGACCAGUCAGGAGGAAUCAUGAAGACAGAAACAAGAAUUGAAGGAAAUGCCUCAGAGUAAAGGAUCUGUUUCUGAGAGCGGUCGGUGAUUUCAGCUGUCAGUGAGGAUCAACGGGACUGUUACAGAGGAUGAAGAGGAUGAUGAAGAUCAUGCUCCUCUUAAUCGGUGUGUGUGUGCUGCUGCUGCCUGCACCGACUGUUUCUGCAGUGUCUCUGUCUGUCAGUCCAAACCUUCAGCAGGUCUUCAGUGGAUCUUCUUCAGUGGAUCUGAGUUGUGUUGAUGAUGGACAGACAGCUGAUGGAUGGACAGUGAAGAGGACCAGAGGAGGACUCACUGAGGACUGUGGAGCAGCUGCAGGCUUUGGGAGGCUUCUUGGUUCCUACUGUGUUGUGGAUCUUUCUGCUCCCAGUGAAACCUUCUGGUGUGAGGACUCCUCUGGACAGCAGAGUGACAGAGUCUCCUUCAGUGUCCAAUCAGACACUACAGGUCUCAUCCUGGAGAUCCCUGCACUUCCUGUGAGGACAGGAAGUGAUGUCAUUCUGCGCUGCAGACAGAGGAAUGGUGCCACAGUCGCAGCUUAUUUCUUCAUCAAAGGAAGUUCUGUUGGUCCUAAACCAGAGCACAUCAUCACUAACAUCACGCAGGCUGAUGAAGGUCUCUACUCAUGUUCUAAUGAUCAGGGUGGAAAGUCUCCUCAGAGCUCUCUGAGGGUCAGAGAUCCUCCUACAAUCAGCCAUCCUCCUCCUCACUGUCCUCCUCCUCCAAGCACCUCCACAAACUUUGCUCCUCCUGUAAAAACUGCUCUUACGUGUCCUCCCUGUUCUCCUCCUCCUCCUCCCUCUCUCGUGGUCCCAGUCGUAGCAGGUCUGGUUUCUGGGCUUCUCCUGGUUCUGGUUCUGGGUUUGUUUCUGUUCCUCUGCUGGAAACUCAAAGGAACACGAACCAAGAACAGGAACGUCUGACUGCUGAAGAAACAGUCUGAGGAGGAGGAGGAGCUGGUGAUGAAGACCAGCCUGUGGUAUAUACAGUAUCUGUUGUGUAUUCAGCCCUGAGGAAGAUGAAGAUGCAGCUUUGCUUUGUGUUACAUCAUAUUCUAUAAGGAUGUUAUGUGUUUGUAGACUUUCUGCCCAGUUUGACCCAUUUAGCAGAAGUCAGCCUGUUUAAGGCUCUGAUAUCUAUUCUGUAUGACUUACAGCAGUUAUGACAUGGUCUGAUUUUCUCACCCAAUAAAGGAAUAU